AUGGCGGAGUUCGGCAAUGUCGAAAGGGAAGUAGAGCAGGAAGUUGAAGUCGAGUUGGGAAGCAUAUAUGAAGCUGUGAAGGGAGGUGUCCUAGCUGUUGAUUUGCUUUCCGAAAACGAGCGCCCAGGAAAAGACUCUGGUAUUAGGCUGUUCGGUCAUGUGUUUGAGGUGAGCGGCUCCUCCCUCAAAUAUCCGACAGUAAAUCACGAAGCGCCAGUCAUCAAGGAGUCAGAGCAGAUAAAGUGUGGGUCACAUCUAAAAACUCAGGUCAUUGCCGGUUUCGUGACCACGAGCUUUACAGACCGCGUGCUUAUCAGGGCCAUGCAAACGGGACUUGAAUUCGAGAGGAGAACACCAGGCGGAAGUACCAUCGUAGUGAAAAUACUCGGCGCAAUACCUUUCAAUUGGUCUCGCUGUGAGGAUGACGAGAUCAAACGACAACUGAGGCCGUUGGGGAAUCACCCAGAUGUCCGCAAACUCGUAUCUUUCCUUUCAGACAUGGCACUCGGGUCUGGGUGGAACUCUGCGGUAGGCUUGAACAGCACAAGAGGCUCUAUAAUAGAGGACAUUCCCAUCAAGCUUGAAAGCGGCCCUGGCGCACUCGGUUUGCGAGCGGGUAGAUAUGUUCUCCGGGGCUGGGCAGACAUUCAGAAGUUGAUCUUCCGUUCGCUUGUCAGUGACAACAAUAUUUGGAUGCAAAUAGAACCAGACCGUCUCCGAUUCGAUCCUGAGGGAGUUGAACCACGGAUGGAACGACUGCCAGUCAGGCAAGCAAGCCAUAUGGAACUUGAAUUUAAUUUACCCGAUCUAAACCUGGAGUUCAAGAAAGUGGAAUGGCAUGGUAGCAUCUCGAUCGGCGCCGGAUCCAUAUCUGAACUGGUAGAAGUAUACAAUACCGAUCGGGGAGAGUGCGCGAUGGGUCAUGUAGUAUGUUCUUGUCGACUGACUUUUGAGAACGGCACGUACCAACUACUUCAAGGAUGGGCAGCGAAAGUUAUGGACACUAAAUUUCAGAUGCGAAGGGUUGUGAACAUAACACAAUUUGAUUUUAGCAAUUUGAGACAGGCGAGAGACACAAUGGUAUACAUGUCUCUCUUCAAGGCUUUUCCGGCCAAAAGUCUACGAGCCUCUGGAUCGCGACCUUUGAUCUUCGCAGUGGACACUGUCGACGCAGAAUCGAGUGUUACGAGAUUCCCAGUACUCCCUCUCGGAAAAUUCCUCUCUCCUACGAACGAAUUUGGAUACGUAGAGCGGAAUUUGGCACGAGCGGCGAUCAAUGUCUGGUUCAUUGCCUCUGCGACUGGCUAUGCCACGCUUUGGUUGAUUUCUCUUGUGGUGUGUACAUAUUUAAGAAACGAAGAAGAAAUUGAUGAGGUCUCUUCGUUAGUGCGUGCACAGAACGAGCUUUUUGAUGUGCCUAUGGAGUGCAGAUUGGCAAGCCGACGUCCUCGGAAUUUUGGCAUACAUCAUCAUGAAAGUUCAUACGGGGAACCUCGUCUGGGAACACUUGAGGAAUGUGACGAACCUGCUCAGGUCCAGGACUUCAACAGCAUUAACUCGCUGCCAAAUGUCAGAGGCCGCUUCAUGAGAAUUCUGUUUUCUGGGGGUCAUUUGCACCGUGCCGAUGGUGUUUUCCACCGUGACAAAUUGGCCACGGUAGAAAUAACUGGUCCUCAAAGUCACGGCUAG